AUGGCCUUCCUUGAAAGUGACAUCUGCUCUGUGACCCAAGGGCACUCGUGUCAAUGUGACUGCUUGGUUAACGUUUCGAGCUCGCAUGCUGAACUAUCACAUCGUUUGGCUCCCGUCCACUUUCGCCAGGAUGCUAACAGCCUCAGCGUUCUUGUCUCUAUCCGCGGAGUGCUACCUUCCUCGCUUCGUAUAAAUUGGGCUGAUCAUACUCAAUCCACUUCAUUCGCUUCCUCUCCUUCAGCGCAGCAGUCGAUAACUAAGCAGGGAAUAUCGCCUCCUCAACUACUCCUAUUUACCUGUUCAAGUCAGGGUUCUGGUGGAUUUAUACAGGAUUGGGGUAUUGUGCUCCAAUGUCCUGCACCAGAAUGCAAUUUUCAGUCAGAUGAGGAAGCUGAAGAGGCAAAUUCGGCAUUAGCUGAGAAAACGGACGAGUCAUCUGUUCUUUCCGAACGAAAAGGAGGGCCAGAGAAAUUAUUGAUACCUACAGCACCAGAUAAUCUCACUGGUCAUAUCCCUAGCUCUGUCCCCAAACUUAUACCAGCUCCCAUCGAGGUAGCCUCUUCUGAGUCCCCAAAUAAACCACCUGGUCCUGUGACGUUGGUCAGUAGUGGAAGACACAGUUUUAGUAUUGCUUCAUCCAACGUGUUUGGUGCUCCCGUCGAUCAUGCAAGUUUGAAUACUGCACCAAUGCCUUCUUCCUAUCCGCUACCUGGAAGUGGUUGCUUGUCUAUACCCACUGGUCCAAUAGUAAUCUCUUGUGAUGUUAGCCCAGCAAAUGUAUGCUUAGUGCUGGGAAAACCAGUUGGAGGUGACAAAUCUAAGGUGAUGUGGUGGCCUACACUCGCAACUGGAAGGACUCUAGGUGCUGGAAUGGAGUCGCUGGUGUUCUUUUAUCCUUCUGCUGAUCGUGAUUCUUAUCACUCCGAUGCAUUUGCUGUAAACUCUGGAUCACUCCAUUUAGUUGACUACUUCAUGUUAUGUGGGCAAGCUGAUAGAGAGGGCUGUCCUUUCCUUCAGGAUUGA